AUGAGUGGACUGGACCAGUACAAACUGUUUCAGGAACAGAACCUUAAGCUUCCUUCAAAUUGUUUGAUCGGUCUGUUCCGGGACACCUGGAGCUGGUCCGACAGAAGCGACUCCUCUUUCAGAAACUGGAAUAAAGGUCAAUCGAUCUAUUUAAUGGAAAAGAAAUGUGUAGCACUGGGAGCCGAGGGCCGAUGGGAGAGCGACGACUGUGGAGUAAAGAAAAGCUUCAUCUGUGAAGGAGGUCCAAAGAGAAAAAAGACUUUGGUGAAAAUAAAAAUGUCCUCACCAGUGGAUCCCAACAAAUUCAGCUCCGAAAUAUUGCAACAGCUGCAAAAACAGUUUGAAGCGAACAACCUGGGAGACGUCAAACUGACCUGGAAGAAAGACGAAAACCAACCCGUUUUCAAAAAGCAAAAAUCUUCCACAGAGAAAAAAUCUUCCUCAAAGAAAAAAUCUUCCUCAAAGAAAACUGAACUUUAA